AUGAUAAAGGAAACCAUAUUGUCCUACCUGGGCGCCGGCCCCGCUGGCCCGGUCCAUAAUCCAGCCUUGGGUCCUGAAGGCCAAACUCCACUUCCUGACAUGUACCAGGCAGAGGAGCACAGUAACAUCACAAUUACAUCCUGCCAGUACCCAUCUAAUGCUGCUAUCCCUCCAAAAACACUAAACUUUGACCUGGUUUCCUUGAAACCUCUGAAGAAGAUCUACGCAUAUGACAGCAGGCUUGUGGCCGUUCGGCACAUAGAUGAAUUCUUCAGAGGACGUCUGCACUGUGAUCUGCUACGGGCCAGAGAAGGAAAAAUUGAUUUUGUCCUGGCUGACCUGAGGAUGACCGACACCGGACAGUAUCAGUGUGUUGUUCAUGCUGAUGGAAAAAACAACUUUAAAGCAUACAACCUCACAGUUACAGCGUCCAGGAAUCAGCAACAACUCCAGAGCCAGCCAACCAACGAGAACGAUUCUACCUCUUUGUAA